GACCAGAUCCAUCCUUGGGCACCGCUUAGGAUUGUUGGUUAGCCUUGAAUGUGCUCGAGAUAUCAGAUUUCUGCACUAUCCUUGAAAUCCAGACUCACGCACUCGCUCGCUCAACCCCAAAACCAAGGAAUAUGGAUCAAGGAUGGUCGUGGUGGUCCCCAAAGUCGUCCGUGUUGCUCUUGGUCACAUCGUUGUUGAUGCUUCCAGCGGGUCUGAAAGCCAUCGAUCGGAAUGCCCGGGAGUGUCAAAUGUGGGCCAAUUUGGAGAACAAAACCCUCCCCCUCCAGAACCAGGGUCAUCUGAAUUGUACCACAAAUGAUCAUUGCACGGGAUUUGAUUGCGUGGGAAUGUAUCAGGACAAAGCCCUUUCUUUUGGUAUGCGAGUCUUACCAUGUCAAGACCCCCCGGGGGUUGAAGUGUUUGGGUCUGCUCCACAAUUCAAUACCGAGAACUUCUCGCACGUUUUCACGCACAGAUCGCAAUACGAUUUACCAGGACAUCUCCUCAACCUGUCCAUGUUGCCUCAAUCGAUCAUGGAUGCGAACACGGACGAUCUCCAUGGCAAGUUUGAAGUACAUAUCAAGCGAAAUCCCGAGCGGAAAAGUCUCGUCAUGGGAUUGAUCGUCCGGGGUUGCAUCGACAAGACCUGCAUCUCAAAACAAAACAUUUUCAGCGACGCGGAGAUCCCAGUGCCAGAAUGUACGAACCACGUGGACCAUGGCAUCAAGACGGACAGCGUUUGCAGCAUGAAGCAACUCAACAACUGCGGCUCCAAUCAAGUAUGCGUUCAACAGCACGAAAAUAAUCCCGAGGGCUUGUGCGAGUGCAUGAUGGGCUUCUCGAAGCACAGAGAUGGGACUUGCGUCUCACCGGUGAUCGAUGACCAAAUCCACCCAGAGAUCUCAAAUCGGGUUCCCAAAUCUGCGAACCCUGUUCCUCAUGUCGACGUGAAUGCAGUGAAAUCUGUGGCUGACUCGAGUGAAAGCACGGGUGGCGGUAGUACCACCUUAGCCGUGGUCUUGUCCGUGCUAGCCGCCGUGGUUCUUAUGGGCGUGGCAGCCUUCCUUGUGUUUCGAACCCGGAUGGCACCGCGUUUGAGGGCCCGGCUAACCAGCACGCCUUACGAAGACAUUGUCAUCGGUCGUCGAUCUGAGUCCACUCAAAAUGUGGUGGAGGCUUAGGAUUCGAGGCCUGGAAGAAUGCACGUUCUUGUCCUCUCCCCAAUCUCGAUUGGCACCAACCUGACUUGAGGAAGGGCUCUAGUAGCUCUUUGUCGCAUUGUAUUAUUUGUAAUUAAUAAUAUCCUUCAGAUUUCCUAGUCUAUUUUUCGACUUGCCCGCAGCCUGCCCCCCCCCUUAAUUUCGUGUCCGUAGUACAAUCGAUGCUUGAUUGAAUCGAAGCAGCUCACCCGUUGAUGACGAAUUGCCAUGAAGACAUCAACCCGACGAAGAAGAAGAAUAAAGCCUGUGAUAGCGAUGAAGGCGAUCUGUCAUUUAUUAGACAUUCAUACACGAUAAUAAACCUACAAAUGGC